CAACAAGGAGUCAAGUCCUUUAGACCCUAUAGCCAAUAGAGCGCGGGUCGCAUCGUUGGCCCAAGCAAGCGUUGGCUCAGUGGACGACGUCGGCGAUCUCAAUGCCGAAAACACUGAUGAUGCCUGCCAUUCCAUCACGGACCUGGAUGAUGAUAUGCUUGGCCUGGAAACGCAUAAAUAAGAUUCAAUGUCCACGCCCAUUGAAGGUCUGUAUCCCACAACAAACAGGUAUAUCAAGUCUUCUACACUCCAUAUUCAUUACCGAACCGUCUCCAUCCAACCAAUUUUGACCUUCAAGAUGCAAUUCCAAACCGCUGCCCUCAUCCUGGCGUACGCUGUCUCCGCCGCCCUAGCCGCACCGGCGGCGGCGAGUGAAAGCAAAGCCACCCUCUCUUCCGACUACGUGGAGCUUUUCCGCGAAUCGGCGAAGCAGUCCAAUGGCCACCUCGUCUACUACGGUCCUCACGACGGGACCAAGAAUGGAUCCGUCAGUCUUCAAGCUCGAGCCGACUGUCCCACGGACACGGCGCCAACCUGCGACAGCGACAACGGGGCGAAGAACGAUGUCUGCACCAGCCUCUAUAACGAAUUGGUCGACGACCCGGAAAUCGGCGUUCCGGAGUCGCCCCGCCAGAUCUGUUACAACGGCGAUGGAGGCUACUGCUGCGUCUCCUGGCACAGUGUCGUCCCGGGCUUGGUGAAGGGCGAUCUUGUCCCGUACGUCCAGCGGAUGCUCGAUUCGUGCACGCAGAAUGGGAUUUCAGGCAAGACUUAUAACGUGAACGUCCAUGAGACGUGCACAGAUGUGUGUCUUUCGGACCGUGGCACUCACUGCUAGAAGUCUGGCGCCGAUGGUCGAGUCCGAGAAGUUGGAUGUCGGAGAGGUUCUGAGCUCAGCUA